UUCUGAGUUUCAGUUGAUCGUACAAUUGUGGGUCACCCUGAAGGCCCUUUCCGUCAGCUGCCACGCAAGAUCCGCUCCAGGAUAACCAAGUGAACCAUAUUUGAGUGAUCCCUUGUCUAGGGAAAAUAAUGAGGCAUUGGGGUUCGAUUGCCGUCGAUACCGACGGUUGACGUUAAGCCGUCCAGCAUCACCAGCGACUGUUGGAAUAUAGGCUGUAUCAGUAUGGCACUUGAAGCUACCGAAGGUCGCUUGGCCGAAGUCCUGCCGGAGAUUGCUGAUCGCAUUUGCGAGCAGUUCAUCUUCGAUGGAGCAUCGCUACUGAAGCUGGGCGAAGUUAACACCUUCUGGCGCCAGCGCGUUCGUGAUCCGCAGCUGUGGGCACGUCUAGUUAAGGAGCGCUUUGGGGAGGAGGAGAUACCACCCCCCGCCCAACCCGCCGUGCCCCUGCCCGGCUGGUGCUUCUUCCCCGGACUGGACUCCCCGGGACACGACGUGAAGGGCCCCGCACAGGCGCCAGGGGGGGGCGGGGCGGGGGGCGCGCAGCUGACCCCCGCGGCGCUGGCAGCGCGGGCGGAGGCGGUGGGGGCGUGCGCCUUCAACACGAAUGGCUGCGUGAAGCGCGCGCUGCUGCCGCUGCACCGCUGGCAGCGCUUCAGCUACAGCCCGGGUGCGGGGCUGUACGUGCGGGAGGCGGCGGUGGUGGCGGAGCUGGGGCUGCCGCCGCCGCCGCCACUGCCGCAGGAGGCGGCGGAGCCGCAGGCCCGUCCUCCCGCCCUCCCCGGCUGGACCUUCUUCCCUCUGCUGGACUCGCCCGGCUGGGAGGUGCGCCACCCCGCCACCGGGGAGGACCACUUCAGGAGCAGCUGCGCCUCCCUAGCCGAGCUGGCGCGGGUGGCCGCCCUGUUCCCCGCUGCGGCUGCUGCUGAGGGGGGCGGGGGCGAUGAGGGGGGCGGGGCGGGCUGCGAGGCGUUCAACACGGCGGGGCAGCUGAAGCGCUGGGUGGAGCCGCAGAUCCACUGGCGCUACCUGGGCAGCCCCGGCAGCAGCAGCUGGGAGGGGCUGUACGUGCGGGACGAGGUGGUACGGCAGCGGGGCCUGCUGCCGCCCCUGCCAGGCGGCCGGCUGCACCCGCUGCUGCGCUUCUUCCAGCAGGGCCGCAUGCGGGCUGCUGCUGCGCGGGAUGUGGCCGUCACCUGGCUCAACGGGACCUACCUGGUGCGCCGGCAGGACCCGGAGCUGGCGGGAGGGGGCGAGGAGGAGGGCGGCGCUGCUGCUGCGGGGCUUGCGGCGGCAGCGGCAGUGGCGGGUGGCCAGGGUGCGGGUGGAGGCGAGCAGGCGGCACCAGCUCCUGCCCCCGCCCCCGCCGCCCCCCCGCCCCUGCAGGUGGUGGAGCUGCGCAGCGUGUGCUGGCUGGACCUGCGGGGGUGCUUCAGAGGUCUGGCUCCCGGGCGCUACCGGGUCGCCUGGGUGCUCCGCCUCACCCCCGACUGCAACCUGGAGCGCAUCAACGUCAGGACGCAGCUCACCGCCCGCAGGCCCUGCGCGGUGCUAGACAGGACUGCUGCUGCUGCUGCGGGUGCGGGUGCUGCUGCUGCUGCUGCGGGUGCGGGUGCGGGUGCGGGUGCGGGGGAGGAUGGGGCCGGUGGUGGGUGUCCGGCUGCUGUAGGCAGCGAGCUGAGCCGUGUGGUGGUGGGGCGGGGGGAGCUGCGGGGGCACCUGGGGGCCGGCUGGUUCCAGCAGGCCUGCGGGGAGUUCAGGCUGCCGUACAGCAGAGGGGAGGGCGGUGGUGGUCAGGUGUACGACGUGGAUGUGGUGCUGUGGGAUCACGAGGGGAACUGGAAGCAGGGGAUGUGGUUUCGGGAGGUGGUGCUGGAGAGGGUGGAGUAGGCGGGAGGGGUGGGGAGGGGAGAGGAGGUGGGAUACAGCAGCGGCGGGGUGUAUAGCUGCGGUUGGGAGGGUUGCGGGUUUGGUGGCGGGCCGUUGUGUUGGUUGGCCGGUUGGCUGGAAGGGGUGUGCGGAGGCGUAAGAGGUAGAGGUUGAGGAGCUGUUUGGCAAUGGGAUGUACAAAAGGGAUGUAGCCGGCUAGCCAACCGCCGGGUAGGCGGCGUGUCGACAUGCUCCCCGUACUGAAGCGUGCGACAGGGAAGGGGAGGGGCUAUGGCUGGAGUGGCUCGUGACGAGCCGCGAGUUUGCAGGGCACAUGGCUGCUGAGGAUACCGUACCGCAACGGUGCGAGAAGAUGGGGGCUUACGUAUGUGUGCAGGGAGUGCGCAUAAGAAUGAACAUGUGAGAGGUACAUGAACGGGAGGGACCAGAGUGUUAGGUGUUAGGGAGACGCAACAUGAUAAUAAUAUUCCCUUCUUUCCCUUGUACUAGCCAAUGCCGUACAUAACCCCUUUUUGUUUCUCUAUGGUGUUUGGCAACUCUGUAUCCACCCCUGUUGUAAUUUCCCAACGAAGGUCUGACACGAGUGGAGUUGUGCAGAUACAGGCACCAGAAGGAGGG